AUGUCUUGGGUUCCUGCGUUUACCGAUAAAUUAGAACACCCGAUUCCUAUUGUUAAUUUAUUAAAGUCGAAGCAAGCAACUCCGUCUCCUCCUCCUAGACCUAUUACCAUUUCUAUUGUUGGCGCAGGACAAAGAGGAUCUGGCUACGCAUAUUACACCAUACUUGAACCACAAUGGGCAAAAGUAGUCGCUGUUGCUGAACCUGUAGAUAUUCGAAGAAAUAAAAUGGCCAAGGUUCUUAAAGAUUUGAUUUUUGUGAUAAACCAUUUUUUGUUAUAUAAUAUUCCUGAAGAAAAUGUAUUUAAGGACUGGAAAGAACGUCCAAAAUUAAGUGAUGCAGUUGUAAUUGCAACAUUAGAUGAUCUUCACGUUGAACCAGCGGUUGCAUUUGCAAAUAAGAAAUAUAAUAUUUUGCUAGAAAAACCCAUGGCUAUAACAGUUGAAGGUUGUAAGAAGAUUACCAAAGCUGUCACAGAAAAUGAGAAACUUAGUUCAUUCGGUAAUUUGGUUUAUUUUAAUUCAAAAAAUAAACCAAAAGAAGCUGGUGACGCAAAAAAUUGUUUAGAAUGCAAAAUUGAAUCAACAUGCUCUUAUUCAGCAAAAAAAAUUUAUAUUGACAAUGGUUAUAAAAAAGGAGUGGUAUCUUGGCCCGUUAGUGUAGUUACUGAUAUUACUGAUAUUGAAAAUUUAACUAAUGCAUUAAAAAAUGGUCCUUAUGGAAGAUGUGUUUAUGAAUGUGACAAUGAUGUAGCAGAUAAUCAAGUAGUUGAUUUAGAAUUUGCUAAUGGAGAAAUUGAAGGUGAUGGAAUUAAUACUAUUAUGUAUUACAAUUUUUUGACACGAAAAAAAGAAUUGCUAAAACCAUCGGAUAUUCUGGGAGUUAAAGAUUUAGAUGGUCAUGCAGGUGGUGAUUUGUCUUUAAUGAGAGCAUUUAUUUAUUCUAUUGGAGAGUCAUUAUUUGAUUUGAAAGAUACAGUAUAA